AAAGAACCAUAGAAUAAGAGUAAGAAAUGUUUCUUUCUAGCGUUAGAUACCUUGCAAUUGAAAAUUUUGUAUUUUUACAUAGAAAAACAGUUGAAAUUGAACGGUUAAAUACUCGAAAACCUGCGUGCACGAAACCUCCAAGGAGUACGAAUGAUCCCCUCAUGAGUUGGAAAUCAACAUGGGAGCCUACAAUAGUAAAAUAAGUGAUCGUGAUCGAAGUAUUCUAAAAAUAAAGGAACAGAGAGAUAAACUAAUACGAUACCAUAAGCGCUUGGAACGAAUUGAGCAAUUAGAAGUGAAUCUUGCUCGAAAGUGUCUAGUCGAUAACGAUAGAAAGGGCGCAUUGAAAGCAUUGUCUGCUAAAAAGUUCUAUUCUGGAUUGAUUGAACAAUCAUAUGGUCAAUUGGGAAAUAUUGAGCAACUUCUUUCUUCUAUAGAGUUUACACUCAUUCAACAAGAUGUCUUAUUUGGUCUUCAAGAGGGCUCGAGUGUUCUUCAGCAAUUGCAAAAGGAAAUGCCUUUAGAGAGAAUUGACAAGAUUUGCAAUGAUCGCGAUGAAGCUAGUCAGUAUGUUGAAGAAGUCAAUGUGAUGUUGCAGGGUAAAAUGUCAAGAGACCAAGAAGACGAAAUUCAAGCUGAACUGGACGCUCUUAUCCAAGAGCAGGAUCACCACCCAAACGAAAGACAACUAGAGGAAAAGCACCCUACUCUUCCUACAGUUCCUCAGACAAAACCGAAUUCUGCUGCGGAAGUAAAUUCGGAAACCUUGUUUCAUCCAGACUACAUUCCAUCUGCGGCUGACGACGACAAAAGGCAAGCCCUUCCAAGUUGAAGAUACCUCUUUCUAAGUGGUUCCAUUUCGUGUCUCUCUUUUGUUUCCUAUAUGUUUAUUACUCUAUCAUUUUCACUUGCUGUUUUAAGAUUUCAGUUUAGGCCUUAUUUACAAAAACAUCUUGUCUUGCUUUACGGCGAUACCACAUGAUGCUUCAAAUCCAUAUUUAUUAAUCAAAUUCUAUAAAAAUUAUUUGAAUUAUAUUAUCUCAAAAAAACAAAAAGAAUAAAAGAGAGAUUGAAUUCCUAAGCAGACAUUUUCAGCGCCAAAAAAUUCAAACUGUCAAGUCGUAGACUGACAUUUUCC